GGAAUAUCCAAUUAUCUACAAGUACAGAUAGACACUGUGCAACAUUACAAAAAGCCUCAGGAUUAUUUACCUGCCUCUGGAAAAUGAGAAGGGACUACAGAGUAACACAUGGGUUCAUUUGGACUUGGCUGUCAUUGUGGGUUAUUCAGUCUCAGGUUCAUUCAGGUUCCUCUAUGAUAUUUUGGACUGCAUAUGUAGAGGUGCACUAUUUGAGCCCAGCGACUAACCAAACGAUGAUAAGUGUGUGUGAGUGUGGAGUGUAUGGGUCUAAAACACCUUUGAAACAAGCCUCUGGAUUUGUGGUGCUCCCAAAAUUAGAUGCACUGGCCUGCCAUCCAAAUACCACAUUUAAUAUUAAGGAGGAUCCAUGGAUAGCUCUUAUCAAAAGAGGCAACUGUACGCAUGCUGCGAAAAUUCAAGCCGCACAGCAACAGGGAGCAUCGGCUGUAGUUAUUUACAAUCUUGACGGAACUGGAAAUGGGACAAACACAAUGUCUCAUGCAGGAACUGCCAACAUAGUGGCAAUCAUGAUUGGAAAUAUCCUGGGCAGAGACAUCACAGACCUUAUUGAGAGUGGGAUUGAGGUCUAUAUGAGCAUAGCAGUGGCUAGCCAACAUGGUCCCUGGAACCCUUUUUGGAUUUACAUCAUGUCUUUCAUCUUCUUUGGUAUAACAGCCAUCAUUAUGGGCUACUUCACCUUUGUAGUCAUUAGCCGGUUCUACCAAAACCGCCAGCUUCGGAUCCAGCAGAGAAAGCUUAAAAAAGUGGCAGAGAAUGCUGUUGCCAAAUUAGAAGUCCGGAUCCUUUGGCGGACCGAUCCGGAAGUUGAAGCAGAAGAGUGCACCUGUGUUGUUUGCUUAGAUUCCUUUAUGAGGUGUGAUGUCGUGACAACUCUGCCUUGCAGAUUUGCUUUCAUAGGACACGCUGCCUGCCUGCUAAGACUGAGCCAUGCUCCUGGAGAGGACUGCCUCACCUCGCUACUGCAGUCCACCGUCAUGCUGCCUAGGCUGGGACCCUGGAUCCCUGCACAAGCACCCCUAUCACCCUGGAAAAGGAGGGACAAGUUUGUUUUCACCUUAUCAGGGGUUUUGGCUGCACUGAAAUUGCACCUGUACCUUAAAGUAAAAUAAAGCCACCUCACGGUGUCCCAUCAUGCAGAGUGUGCUACACUGGUGGAGAAUGCGGGCACCAGACAUGGAGGAAGCUCCAUGUCCCAGACCCAUGUCUCGGAAACCAGAAAGGGGGAGGGCAGGAAAAUAAACUCCUCCUCCACAGAGCAAAAAGUCAACAAAUAUAUAUUAAAAAAAACAAAUAUCCAAGGGGGCAAAAAGCAAAAUCAGGCCGGUGAUAUCCUCUGUAGGCAAGAAGUGAGGCGGCUUCCCCCACCAGAACAAAUUCAGAGGAAUGUCCACCAAAAAAGACAAAAGUCCAAGUUCAGGGAUUAAAAUGGAAUGAUCAAAAAAAUGCUCUCAUAAUAAUCCAGUGCCAGGCUAGACGCAAUCCCGCUGGGUCUGAGAGUGGCAGAAUCCUUCUGUCAGAAAACCGGGGUUAAAAACAGACCCAAAUGCAGAUAGUAAAAAAAAAAUUAAUAAAAUAAUUAAUAAUUAAUAAAAAACAAAACCAAACACAGACAAAACAAAUGACAAAACAAAUAACAAGGAUUCUGCACUGCUAAAGGCAACACGGCAUGUCUAAAUACUGAAGACAAGGCGGGAAGAAAUAGACAAGGGCGUGGCAGACGCGUGAACACAAAAUGUAAACAAAGGGCACAUGGGAAACGUCCGGGCUAGAUCCUGACACUCAGUCUUUGAUAGUCAAUACAAGGCCUCAGGCCACCCCUUUCUUUUUUCUUUGACACGAAAAAUAAUCAGGCUGCUGUGUAAGAGUUAGAGGGUCUGAUAAAGCCUGCUGCCAGAGCCUCCUCUAUAUAGUACUCUAUGGCUUUAGUUCUGGCCUAGAGAAGGGGAAAUGUUUGGCAGUAAGUCAAUGUUGCAGUCCCAGGGUCGGUGAAGGAGUAGCUGGGAGGGACGUGCUUUACUAACACCUCCCUCAGGUCAUGGUAAACAAAGGGUAUGUUGACAUUCUGUGUAGUGGGGCUCUCAAUGGAGGUAGUUUGUCAUGGGAGUUUGUGGGUGAGUUUGAGACACUGCUUGAUACAAUGGGGCUACCAGCAGAUGAGUUCCUUAUUAGCCAAUGAUAUUUGAGCGUUGUGCUCGCAGAGCCAUGGGAAGCCCAGGUUACCUGGUAAAGUAGUGAUGAAUAGGACUAUGUUUUCUGUGUGAAAAUUCUAAUUUGUAUAGUGUGGGGUGGUGUUUGGUGGGAGAUAAGGCCAUUCUCAAUGGGAUGACAGUACACCGCUGUGAUUCUCAGGGAAACAGGGCAUGAAAUGACUGGAAUUUGUAGCUCAUUAUUAGCUGAUGGUGGAUUCAGCUGAGGUAAAUCCAAGGCAGAUAAUCCAAAGACAGCAGGCAAACACAUAAAUGUAGCAAACAAAGAUAAUCAGUAAAUAAUAAUACAUCCAAUAAUCAGUGUAGCAAGUAGCGAAGAUAAUGGCGUGGUAAGUACAAACAGAACAAUGGGCCAUGCACAAAAAUGGCAAACAAUGAAAGAAACGGAUCAGUGUGCAACAGAGUUGACGGUAAAACCCAGAAGCACACAUCCGUAAACCCAGAUGUCAGUGGGGUGUUACAGAUAAUACCCUUAACUACAGGCCAUUCCUGUUAAGGUCAGUACCUUAAGUGAUUGACAUUCAGUCCUGAUGAUGCACAAUGCUCUACUCUUAUCUUCAUGAUGGUUUUGGGAAACCAAAAAGAGAACAGCUUCACAUUAUACAACUUUACAAAUUAUCUGAAAAUUUGAGAACUGAUAUGUACUAGUUUUUCUUAAAAAUUAUUAUGUGAUUAUGUCAGCUUUAUGUGACAUGUUAUGUUGAUUCUGUAAUUCUAUGGUCUUUUAUUCCCC